GGAUGUACUAUGCUGGAUUGAUCUGGGCCCUUGGGAUGAAGCUGGCGGUGGAAGAAAUCAACAACUCCACCGCCCUGCUGCCGGGCAUCACGCUGGGGUAUGACCUCUACGACACCUGCCGGGAACCGAUGGUGGCUCUCCAACCCAGCAUGUUGUUCCUUUCCAGGACGGGCACCCACAGCAUCGGGGUUCUCUGCAACUAUACCGAUUACGAGACCCGAGUGAUGGCCGUCAUCGGACCUGACAACUCGGAACUUGCGACGGUGACGGCUAAGCUCUUCAGCUUUUUCCUGAUUCCGCAGAUCAGUUACGGAGCCACCGCGGAGAAGAUGAACAACAAGGAACUGUACCCCUCCUUCUUCCGCACGGUGCCCAGUGACAAGAGGCAACUGGAAGCCAUGGUCCAACUCUUGCGCGUUUUCCAGUGGAACUGGAUCGCCAUCAUCGGAAGCGAUGAAGAGUACGGCCGUGAAGGCAUCAGCCUGCUGUCCUCCAUGGCGGCGAGCUACAAGAUCUGCAUUGCCUACGAAGGGAUCAUCCCCGCGGAAGUCACGGACCCCGAUCUCCAAAGCAAGCUGAAGAAGAUCAUCCGCUCGAUCAACGACACCAAUGUGAACGUCAUCGUCGUGUUCGCCAUGGACCGAUCCGUCCGGGAGCUCUUCAAAGCCGCGCUUGCUUUAGGGCUGAAAAAGAAGGUGUGGCUGGCCACGGAAGCCUGGGUGAUGUCCGACGUGGUGACCACGGUCAAGAACAUCAGCGCCAUUGGGACGGUCAUGGGCUUUGUCAUCAAGGCCGGAGAAAUCCCUUGCUUUAAGGAUUACGUGUACCGUCUCUUGGAAGAGACUCAACGCGAUGGCUUCUGCCAGGCUUCCCAAGAGGAAGCCAACAAGGUCGGCCCUGACGUCCUCGGGCCGCAGUGCGGCGUCUGCGACAACAUCUCCCGCGAGAAUGUGGAGGUGGUCCUGCACCACCAGCAGACCUUCGCUGUCUAUGCUGCCGUGUACAGUGUGGCCCACGCCCUCCACGCGGCGUUGCGUUGCUCGACGGGGCAAUGUCUAAGAAAGAGCAUCAAGUCUUGGCAGGUGCUGGAAGAGUUGAGGACCAUCAAUUUCACCGUCAACAACCAGUCACUCCAUUUUGCGGAAGAUCAGAGCAUCAACCUAGGUUUCGAGGUGAUCGGGUGGAAGUGGAAGAAUAACAGAAUCGAACACAUCAGUCUGGGGGAGUUCAAUGGGAACUUAACGAUCAACAUGUCAAACAUCCAGUUUCACACUGAGGAUCGAAAGGCACCCCGGUCGGAGUGCCUCACCACCUGUUUGGCGGGGCAGAUCCGUCGGAUGAAAGGGUUCCACUUCUGCUGUUACGACUGUAUCGACUGCGAGAGCGGGACCUUCCGUAGUUCUUCAGAUGAUUCCACUUGUACUCCUUGCCCCGAGCAUCAGUGGUCCCCUGCACGCAGCAUGCAGUGUCACAACCGUGGCGAGAAGUACCUCUUCUGGUCUGAACCGAUGACCGUCGCCUUGGUGCUUGUGUUGUGUUUCAUCGUGGCCCUCAUCUGCCUCUUGGGGACGCUCUUUCUGAAGCACCUCCAGACACCUGCAGUGCAAGCCACGGGAGGCGGCCUGUGUCUCGUGGCCCUCCUCGGCCUGGCCUUGCUGUGCACAAGCACUGUACUCUACAUCGGGAAGCCCACCGCCACGGUCUGCCGGGUCCAGCAGCCCUUGUUGGCCCUGGGCCUCAACCUCUGCUUCUCCACCAUUGCGGCCAAGGCCCUCCAGAUCAUGCUGGCGCAUGACUUCGCCGACAGCCGCCCUAACGUCCUGCAUCGCCUCAUCCGGACCCACCCGUGGGCUCUCGUGGCCUGGUCUUUCCUGGUGGAAGCCUCCUUUGGCUCCAUCUACGUCUACCACACCCCAGCCAGCUUGGUGAAGAAUUACAAGCUCCUGCCCACCCAGGUCCUCUUUCAGUGUCUCACCACGUCCUGGCCCAUCCUCUUCCUCCUGCACGGCCACAACGCCUGCUUGGCCUUCACCUCUUUCCUUUGCACCUUCAUGGUCCAGCAGCCUCCCAAGAAGUACAACGCAGCCCGGGGCAUCACUUUCGCCAUGAUCACCUACUUCAUCACCCUGGUGGUCGCGGUGCCCUCCUAUGCUACCGUGAAGCCCAUCAACCAACCUGCCAUUGUGAUCUGUUCCGUUCUGGGUGGCACGCUCGGACUGCUGGUCACGUAUUAUCUUCCCAAAGGUUACAUCCUGUGGUUCAAGCCGGAGUGGAACACCUCGGACUAUUUCCAAGACUACACCAAAGAGAAGCUGCAGGAGAAGGCGUCUCAAGAUUAGCUCUGGAGAUGGGCUUCAGGCAGGAAGAAGAAGAAGAUGGUCCCUCGUUGGAACUCGGGGGAUAUAAAAUUGUUGCAGAAAUCUGAAUGGACUGUCUUCCUUGGUAGAAUCAUAGAAUAGUCGAGUGGGAAGGAGCCUAUUAGCACACUGAGUCCCACUCCCUGCUCGAGGCAGGAAUCCAAACCAAAGCAGAUCUGGCAGAGGGUU